GAGGAUUGUGCACGUAGGCAAACUCAGCUCUGAUCGUCGAAGAGAAGUGGAAAUUGUCUGAAUACUGACAUCUAGAUCUACUAGAAAUUAACUCAACACAAGUUCAAUCAUGUCGGGACUCAAGAAGAUGAAGUUAGCUGCAACAGAUAUAAGUGGGAAAAGAGUUAUUAUGAGAGUGGAUUUCAAUGUUCCACUAAAAGAUGGGAAGAUUACCAAUAACCAGAGGAUUGCCGCUGCUCUUUUAAGUAUCAAGUAUAUCUUGGAGCAUGGUGCCAAGUCUCUUGUACUUAUGAGCCAUCUAGGGAGACCUGAUGGCAGGCGACAGGACAAGUUCUCCCUCAAACCAGCAGCAGAGGAGCUACAGAAACUCUUGAACAAGGAGGUGAAGUUCCUUUCGGACUGUGUAGGAGCAGAUGUAGAAGCUGCUUGUGCUGACCCCGCCCCAGGGACAGUCAUCCUCUUGGAGAAUCUCCGUUUCCACAUCGAGGAAGAGGGCAAAGGUGUCGAUGAGUCUGGCCAGAAGGUGAAAGCUAGUCCUGAGGCAGUUGCAGCAUUCAGAGCUUCACUCUCUAAGCUAGGAGACAUCUAUGUUAAUGAUGCAUUUGGUACAGCACAUAGGGGUCACAGUUCUAUGGUGGGUGUGAAUCUAAACCAGCGUGCAGCAGGAUUCUUAAUGGAGAAGGAGCUGAACUAUUUUGCCAAGGCUCUGGAUUGCCCAGAGAAACCAUUCUUGGCCAUUCUUGGAGGAGCCAAGGUCAAGGAUAAGAUCCAACUGAUUGAGAAUCUGCUAGACAAGGUGGAUGAGAUGGCGAUAGUAGGUGGGAUGGCUUUCACCUUCCUCAAGACACUACAGGGUAUGAAGAUUGGCAACUCUCUGUUUGAUGAGGAGGGAUCCAAAAUAGUCGCCAAGUUGAUGGAGAAGGCUGAGAAGAAAGGUGUCAAAAUUCAUCUACCAGAAGACUUUGUAACCGGUGAUAAGUUUGCAGAUGAUGCUGCCGUAGGAACAGCUACCGUCUCUUCUGGCAUCCCUGAUGGUUGGAUGGGUCUGGACUGUGGGCCAAAGAGUGUAGAGUUCUUCAACCAGGCAGUUGCCAGGGCCAAGUUGAUUGUGUGGAAUGGACCUGUGGGUGUGUUUGAGUUUGAGAAGUUUAGUGCUGGAACCAAGUCUGUCAUGAAUGCUGUAGUCGAAGCUACUAAGAAAGGAACAACAACCAUCAUAGGUGGAGGUGAUACAGCAACGUGUGCAGCGAAGUAUAAAACUGAGGACCUUGUCAGUCAUGUCAGUACUGGAGGUGGAGCCAGUUUAGAGCUCUUGGAAGGCAAGGUACUACCCGGUAUUGAUGCUUUGACCAACGCGUGACUACCCAGAUCACCCAUCCCCAGCAGUGUGCUGUGACCCAAUCCUGUAGGCUUGAGCGGUCAUAUUAUAAGUGGCAGGAGUGGGAUGUAUAAUCAUGUACUACAGUUAAACCUGCUUUAGUGACCACCUGUCUACAAAGGCCAUAUUUGUUGUUUCCCU